CUGUUCUGGGCAGCGUCUCACGGCGAUGCACGCACGGCACACCUGUUCUGUUCCCUACAGCCGCUCUUGUCCAUCACACGAGAGCUGCUGCUUCAUCAUCAUUCACGCUUCCCUCUCCCCCCGAGUCCGCGCGAGCACGUGAACGUAUCUCUUCUCUGCCUUGCUUGCUCAGCUCACACCUUGGCUCGCACGCACCACCCACUCCCGGGCUUGGCUCGUCUGGUCAACGCUUGACCUUAGCAUCAGCAUCAGCAGCAGCAACGGACAUCAACCAUCGUCUUUUGCGCCUUUGACAUUCCCUCUGCUGGCAAACGAGUCAACGCCGCUUGAGGGAAAGGGGGGGGCAGCGCCAGCCAUGUCCAACUUUUUCAGGUCCAUGGGUCGCUCAUCGCGGCCCAAAAAGUCGCCCACGCUGCCCGGCAUGCCCUUUGAAGCGGCGCAAGCGCAGAUGCUGGCCAAUGCGACGGGAGGUCACAAUGUCGGAUUGAACGGCAAGGCGCUGUACAUGUGCAAUCCGUUUGUGAGGUCAGCGCUUAUCAAGGGCAGCUUCAAGACCAUCGUUGCGCUGCCAAAGUAUGUAGACCCAAAGGAGUGGGUGGCUGUCAAUCUGUUUGACUUUUUCAACAAUCUCAACCAAUUCUACGGCGUCGUCACUGAGUUUUGCACGAUUCAAAACAAUCCCACCAUGAGUGCGGGUAUCGGACUCGAUUACACGUGGAUCGAUCAGAAUAGGAAACAAGUCAAGCUGCCCGCGCCGCAGUACAUCGACUAUGUGAUGACUUGGGUGGGAGGACUGCUGUCGGAUGAGGCCACAUUCCCCACAAAGGCGUCUCGAGAGUUUCCGCAGACGUUCUUGACGACUGCAAAGCACGUCUACAAGCAGCUGCUGCGCGUCUUUGCCCACAUUUACCACGCGCAAUUUCCCUAUCUGGUGCACUUGUGCUGCGAAGGUCACUUCAACAGCCUCUUUGCCCACUUUAUCGCAUUCGGAGCCGAGUUUGACUUGUUCAACUUCAAGGAGUUCAAGGGACCCCAAGGCGCUCCUUAUCCUGGCGUAUGCGAUCUCAUCGAAAAGUGGAUCGAGAUGGGCAUCCUGGACGAGGCUGUGCUCAAGUAGGCGAAGAGGAAGGGGAGCGCGAACGGCGAGAUGCGUGCCGGGAGCGCGUGCCAGGAGCUCGCGCCGUCAGUCUGCGAUCGUCGAUUGAAGAGUCCGAUGACGACGCCAUCUCGUCGCGCUAGUCACGACGUAUCAAGGCGUCUGCACACAACGGUCACCGGCCAUUCAGGAAGUCUUCGGACGCUGAAGGUCAAGUGCCGGCGUCGAUGGAGACCAUGCUCCCGCUAGCUUACCCGACGCGCGCGCUGCUCAGCGCUGCUGAAUGUACAUGUACGCGACAAUCAUUACAGACCGAUUUGUGAUUCGUGAUCG